AUGCGUCUUAGACGUUAUUUGCUUCGAUAUCGCCUUAUUAUUCAUAGACGACCAAAAUUACAAAAACUUUUUCGAAUUUUUCUUAUUCUUAUUGUUGGUUUUCUUAUCAUAAAUAUAGUUAAUGGUGUUCUUUUCUCAACUAUAUUAUUUUUUCAAGAAGAUAUUCAUGAACCAGAUUAUGAUCUUGAUACACGUCCAUAUUAUAGAACAAUUGAAAUGACAAAACGUUUUGAUAGUUCUGGUAAUUAUUUACUUGUACAAAAUUUUGUACAAUAUCAAAGUAAUUUAACUAAAAAUGCUGAUUUACUUGCACUUAAUUUACAUACAAAUAUUGAAAAUCUUCAUUUAUUAUUAAAUCAUACCAAAGUUUGGGAUGGACCUAUAUCAUUAAGUUUAUAUGUAAAAGGUACUCGUGCUAGUGAUGAUAUUGAUUAUGCAUCGAUAUGGCUUCGUUGUAAUCGAAGAUUAUUCAAAGUACUUAAUGUUCAUCUUGUUAUGUCAGCAAAAGCAUAUGAACAUUCAAUAUCAAAUCAACGUAAUUCUCAUAGUGUUAAAUAUGCAGUUAGUUGUCACUAUGUUACUUAUAUAAAUCAUACAGAUGAAACUGAUUCAACUCCAUAUCCAUCAAAUCUUCUUCGUAAUAUUGCUCGUCUUGGUACAACACCUUCAACUGUUCAAUAUAUUCUUGCACUUGAUAUUGAUAUAUUUUCUGCUCCUGAUCUUUUUCAUCAUCUCGUUUCAUUUUACACACAAUCAAAAUCAAGCGAAGAAUUUAAUCGUACACUCUAUGUCAUACCAUCAUUUGAAAUUCAUACUGAUACAGUUAAACGUUCAGCCCCAUUACCACAAAAUAAACGUGAACUAACUUUAUUAUGGAAUGAUAAUCAAUUACAACCAUUUCAAGCUGAUGUUUGUCCUACAUGUCAAUUUUUAACUAAUUAUCAAGCAUGGAAGCAAGAAACAAGUAAUGAUAAAAUUGUCCCACUCUUUCGACCACAUUAUUCACAACCAUGGCAACCCUAUUAUAUUGGACCUAAAGAUGCACCAAUAUAUGAUCCACGUUUUAAAGCACAUGCACAUGCUCGUAUAAGUCAGUGUUGUGAAAGUUAUGUUGCUGGUUAUGAUUAUAGUGUAUUAAAUAAUAUUUAUUUAUAUCGAUUAGGUUUUCUUGAUAAAUCUCAAUUACCAAAUACAGAAUUAAUUGAUGAUGAUACUUCUGUUUUACUUUUUGAUCAAUUUCGUGAAGAUCUAUCAAAACGUUAUUUGAAUUCAACGAGAAAAUGUUAA